UCCUGUCAGGCGGAACCGACCUUCCCUUUAGUCAAGCCCUCGUUCCCCUGCUUUGUAAAGUUUACGGGAAUAAGGGAACUGAGUCUGGACUGGAAAAUAAAACGGAAGGCUCGACCGAGGCAUUUUUUUCCGCGAACAGGGCAGUUGAGAAGAACGCGAAGCCAGGUCUUGAGAUGACUAGAAUCAGUGCUUCAAGGAUGUUUCACUUUUAGCAAGACCGCGUUUGAGGGGCUUGCAAUGGAUUUGGUGAGCACAGUGGAAUGCCUAAUAGAAACUGCAGUCUAAUCUAGACAAAUGAGUUAAUUAGGGAGAACUGAAAGCCAGCCAGAACACCCAAAAAAAGUGAAGUGAUCUGUCAGCAAUGGUACGGAUCUUUCGGAACAAAACAAGUCAUAAAUUAUUUCCGGUUUUAAAAGCAGUAUCGUAGAGGACAAGCUUCACAGCGUCUUACUCCCUUGCGAAGCGAGCAGCACUUCGGACUUUAAGGAGAGGAUCUAAUCCCAAGACAAAAGACUGAAAUAGAAGUUUACGUGCUGGAUGGCCGCUGCCGGGAUUUAAGGAGCGAUGGUGAUCCUUCAACAGGUCCACCUGGUGAGGGCCUCGCCUCUGGAUCGGGAGGGACAUGAGUCGAUCUGAGCUGGUGGGAGACUUCCUCGAGAUGUGACCUGGUUUUAACGUGUUUGAGACAUGGAGAAUUCUACCUCGGUCCCAGGUAACAGUGGCUGCACCUUCCAGGAGAAGUUCAAGAACAUCCUUCUCCCCGUCACUUACACAGUGGUGCUGAUCCUUGGGAUAAUGUUGAACUUGACAGUGGUGGUCCAUAUUUGGCUCUCUGGCAAGGUCCUGACCAAGAACACCAUCUACAUGCUCAACCUCGCCAUGGCUGACAUCUUAUACGUGUGCUCCCUCCCUCUCCUGAUCUACAACUACAUCCACAUGGACUACUGGCCCUUUGGUGAGAUAGCGUGCAAGGCCGUGCGGUUCCUGUUCUACGCUAACCUCCACGGGAGCAUCCUCUUUCUCACCUGCAUCAGCCUCCAGCGCUAUAUUGGCAUCUGCUACCCAUUGAGCCUGUGGCACAAGAAGCGGGGUCCCAGGUUUGCCUGGACAGUCUGUGGCUUGGUUUGGGUCCUAGUUCUGGCAGAGUGCGCUCCCACCUGGAGAUUUGCCACGACUGGCAUACAGAGGAACCGUACAGUCUGUUAUGACCUGAGCAGCCCUGAGUUCUCCCGCCAUUACUUCCCCUAUGGAAUCACCCUGACGGUGGUGGGCUUCGCCAUCCCCUUCAUCGGGCUGCUGGCUUGCUACUGCGCCAUGGUGAUGGUCCUCAGCAGGCCCGACCAGCUCCUGGGACUUGCCAACCAGCAGAGAAGGCUCAGGGCGCUGAGGAUGGUGGUCAUCGUGGCUACGGUGUUCGUAAUCAGCUUUGUACCUUUCCACCUAACAAAGACAAUGUACCUGAUUGUGCGUGCGCAGCAUUCCGUGCCCUGCGAGACACUUCAGCGCUUUGCCCGGGCCUACAAGUCCACCAGGCCCCUGGCCAGCAUGAACAGCGUGCUGGACCCCAUCCUGUUCUACUUCACGCACAAGAACCUCCAGCUAGGGAUGAGGAGGCUGAAACAGAUGGUCAGCGCCACUCAGAAGGUUGAUAAGGAGGGAACGCCAUGAUGGCCGGUCCGGCCAAUGCUUGGACAUUGCUGUUGAGGGUGGAUGGACGUUCAGUAGUCAUUGUGCAUCAAGACCAGGGAGGUUCUAGCAAGGUCAACCAAGUGACCACAGACCAACACCUCUGCAGGGAAGCCUGAACAAGGUGCACCUUUGUUCAUCCAACCAGUGUGGUCUGCUCUCGUAUAUAGGUUGUCCAGUCCAGUCCAGGAGUGAAAAUGAGAAGAAAACUGAAUGGGCUGCGGGAUAACGCCUUCAGAAAACCAUAAGACAUAGGAGCAGAAUUAGGCCAAUCAGCCCAUCGAGUCUGUUCCGUCAUUCCACCAUGGCUGAUUUAUUCCUUCUAUCCUGAGGCUGUGCCCUCUGGCCCUAGACUCCCCCACUAUAGGAAAUAUCCUCUCCACUGUCCACUUUGUUGUAGUUGCCUUUGAAUAGGUUAAAUAAGAUCCCCUCUCCUCAGUUUUCUGAGUAACAGGCCCAGAGCCAAAUUCUUCUCAUGCAUUAACCCUUUCCUUCCCAGAGCCAUUCUCGUGAACCUCCUCUGAAGCAUCUCAAUGCCAGCACAUCCUUUCAUAGGAAAGGGGCCCAAAACUGCCCACGAUACUCCAAGUGCGGCCUGACCUCGUCGUAGCCCAACCGAUCCUCUUCUCCUCCCCCCCCGCCCCAUUUCCAUUGUACUCAGAGUCAUAGAAUGGGUACAGCAGCAGAAACGGCCACUCAGCCCGUUGUGGGCAAUAGAUCCUUACUCCAGGAUCCUUCCUCACCAAUUCCCACUGGAAAGUUACAGGCAACUUUAAGAGAUUUAGACAGGUAUGCAGAUU